AGGGCACGAGCGGGGCCUGGUGGCACAACGCAUGCCAACAGAGGGCACGGGAUCCCCUGGCCACUGCGAUGCUGUUGUCGAGUUGCUGGGGGUAGACCUGAGAUUGAACGGCCCCGGAUUGUGAGAGGACAUGGAGGAGUUUUUGCUUGCCAGCGGCUACCAGCUCGGCAAAACCAUUGGGGAGGGAACUUACUCCAAAGUGAAGGAGGCCUUUUCCCAUAAGCAUCAGAAGAAAGUAGCAAUUAAGAUAAUUGAUAAGAGUGCAAGUCCAGAAGAGUUCAUUCAGAAAUUCCUGCCCCGGGAGCUCCAGAUCAUCGAGCGCUUGGACCACAAGAACAUCAUCCACGUGUACGAGGUGCUGGAGUCUGCAGACGGGAAGAUCUACCUCGUGAUGGAGCUGGCCGAGGACGGGGACAUCUUUGACUACGUGACACACCAAGGCCCGCUGCCUGAGCACCGCGCCAGGACGCUCUUCCGCCAGCUGGUCGAGGCCAUCCAGUACUGCCACGGCUGCGGGGUGGCUCACCGCGACCUCAAGUGCGAGAACGCGCUGCUGCAGGGCCGCACCGUGAAGCUGACGGACUUCAGCUUCGCCAAGCAGCUCCCCGUGGGCGGCCGGGAGCUGAGCCGCACCUUCUGCGGCAGCGUGGCCUACGCGGCACCCGAAGUGCUGCAGGGAGUGCCCCACGACAGCCGCAAGGGCGACAUCUGGAGUCUGGGCGUCAUCCUCUACGUCCUGCUGUGCGCCCAGCUGCCCUUCGACGACACCAACAUCCCGCAGAUGCUGUGCCAGCAGCAGAAAGGCGUCUCCCUGCCUGGGCACCUGGGGGUCUCCAGGACGUGCCAGGACCUCCUGAAAAGGCUCCUGGAACCAGACAUGGUCCUGCGGCCCUCCGUGGAGCGGCUCAGCAGGCACCCCUGGCUGGCCAGACCCUGAGAAGCGCUCACCCCGCCCCCUCCCCCGGGGAGGGAUCGCUUCUAGGAUGCCAAUAAAUUUGGAUGUCAGUGUUUCCCACGUA